CACGUACACCCUGGCGUGGUCCCCGUGUCUGAACACGUCACCGCACUUCGACGACGAUGCAGGCGAGCGGUUCCGUAGGCGCCGUGCAGAUGUCACUGCUGUUCCUGGCGACAGCGCUCCUGGCGGCGACCAUGGCAGCUCCUGCAGAGGCUGACGACGACCUCCUGGCCGCUGGCGGGGCAGGAGGCGCGGCGGCGGUCCGUGCCAAGCGCUGCGCCAACGUGUGGGACACCAGCUGCACCAACAGCAAGGCGAACGGCGCAUCCAGAGACGACCAGUUCCUGUCCUCUGGCAACACCCCGGGCAAGAGAACACCUGAACUGGGUGGCCUGACUGGGGACUUCUACCCCAAGCGCUGCGCCAACGUGUGGGACACCAGCUGCACCAACAGCCAGGCGAACGGCGCCUCCAGGGACGACCAGUUCCUGUCCUCUGGCAACACCCCUGGGAAGAGAACACCUGAACUGGUUGCCCUGACCGGGGACUUCUCCCCCAAGCGCUGCGCCAACGUGUGGGACACCAGCUGCACCAACAGCCAGGCGAACGGCGCCUCCAGGGACGACCAGUUCCUGUCCUCUGGCAACACCCCGGGCAAGAGAACACCUGAACUCGGUGGCCUGACUGGGGACUUCUACCCCAAGCGCUGCGCCAACGUGUGGGACACCAGCUGCACCAACAGCCAGGCGAACGGCGCCUCCAGGGACGACCAGUUCCUGUCCUCUGGCAACACCCCGGGCAAGAGAACACCUGAACUGGGUGGCCUGACUGGGGACUUCUCCCCCAAGCGCUGCGCCAACGUGUGGGACACCAGCUGCACCAACAGCCAGGCGAACGGCGCCUCCAGGGACGACCAGUUCCUGUCCUCUGGCAACACCCCUGGCAAGAGAACACCCGAACUGGGUGGCCUGACCGGGGACUUCUCCCCCAAGCGCUGCGCCAACGUGUGGGACACCAGCUGCACCAACAGCCAGGCGAACGGCGCCUCCAGGGACGACCAGUUCCUGUCCUCUGGCAACACCCCUGGCAAGAGAACACCUGAACUGGGUGCCCUGACCGGGGACUUCUACCCCAAGCGGUGCGCCAACAUCUGGGACGACAGCUGCAGCAAUGCGCAGACAAACGGCGCAUCCAGAGACGACCAGUUCCUGUCCUCUGGCAACAGCCCUGGCAAACGUGAUGCCAGGUCGGAGGUGCGGGCUGCGAUUCGUUACUGCCAAGAACAUCCUUCAGUGGCCGCAUGCAAGCACCUCUUCGGCAACUGAAU